AUGCCCACCGCAUUACCUCACAAAUACCGCGACGAUAUCGACGAGAACGGGUUCACCGUGAUCCGUGGGUUCUUGACUCCAGAAGAGGUCACGCUCUACAGAGAGGCUUCGGCCAAGCUGGUUGACUACGCCCGUGCUGGGAACUGGAAUGAUGUGAGAAUCAGAGGCAAACAGUUUCCUCCUUGGCCUAAGGAUUUUAACCCCGACAUCUGGGGAGUUUCUGGAUUGCUGCACCCAGACCUGAAGGAGCUGUCCUAUCCUUUCCACGAGGCCUAUGCCUCUGACAAGAUGCUGGCCGUGGUGAGCGAUAUACUCCAGGUUCCUCAGGAAAAAAUUAGCAUGGAGCUGUUCAACAUGUUGAUCAACCCCUUGACGGACUUCGACCUGGAAUGGCACAGAGAUGAUAUCAGGCCUGAUGUCACGCCUGAGGAAGAGGCAGAACAACUGGAUUGUGCUUUUGCCGGUUGUCAGUUCAACUUGGCGCUUUACGAAGACGACUGUUUGAUCGUGAUUCCCAAAUCUCACAAGAGAAUCCGUACUGCUGAGGAGCGUAAGAAGACCACCGAUGAAACCAAGAAGUUGCCCAUCUCAUCCCAAAUGGCCGUUGCUCUACAGCCGGGUGAUUUGGCCUUCUACAACCCAAAUAUUGUUCACAGAGGUGUCUAUAACUCGAAAAAACCAAGAUUGACGCUUCAUGGAUGCUAUGGACAUACUGAUAACGGUGGACGCCGUGCCAGACUGGUUCUUCAGCAUGGAGUUGCUUCCUGGUUGGAUCGUCUGGAGCCUCGCAACGCGAACCUUGCUCAGCUAAAGGUUGGUCUUGAGAAGCUUGCGGAAGAGAACAAGAACAAGGAUAUCGGAUUUUCCCUGGAAGGUUAA